AUGAAACGUUCAUCGAAUGGUAUUAUCAAUUCAUUAGAUGAUUCAAUACUUGAACGAUUUUGUUCAUAUAUAUUGCCUAAAAUUCAUUAUAAAAUCAAGUGGCUUGAUCUAGAACCAUUAUGUAUGGAACGUAUUCUUCUUGUUGCUGACUAUCCUAAUUUACAUGGACUUUCUCUUUUCAAUAUUGAACGUGAUACAAUUUUACGUUUAUUUGGUGAUAUUAUGAGUCAUAUGCCAAAGUUAAAUAAAUUCGUAUUCAGUAUUCAUUCAAAUUUAAAUGUUGAUGAUUUAACACAUUUGCCAUCAAAUGAAGAUAUUCAACGUACAUUUAAAGGUCUCGAAGAUUAUCAAAUCAUUUCUUAUAUUCAUUAUUUUCCAGAUGAUUGUAUUGGUCAAUGUCAUAUGUAUUCACAACCGUAUACAAUGAAUUAUUUAUAUCGACUUACAAAUAGUUUUCCAGGUGGAUUAUUCAAAUUUGUUCAUAAAGUCUCACUAUAUGAUGAACAUCCUUUUGAACACGAAUUCUUCAUUCGAAUUGCUCAAUCAUUUCCAUUGCUUAGAACAUUGUCUAUUGACAAUGAGUCACCACAAAAACACAAACAACGUCAACAGUUAAACAAAGAUCGUCGCAGUUUGCCAGUUAUUAAAUAUGCUCAUCUUACUCUGCUCUCUCUCAAUAGCGCUCAUAAUGAUUACAUCGAACAAUUUCUAAUUCAUACUAAAACAUGUCUAUCAAAUUAUAUUAGUCUUGAUGUCUAUUAUCCUUCUCUUCAAAAGGUAACUAACAACUUCACAAGAGAUACAACACGAAUCAACUGUGCCAAAAUUAAUUAUAUAUAUAAUAUUGACAAAUGGAAUGUUUCUAAACAUUUCCAUACAUAUUUUCCUUAUGUUGAAAAAUUCUGA